CGCCGGGCCCGGGCCCCGGCCCCGCUCCGCGUCCGCGCCGGUAUGGUGAACCUGGCGGCCCUGGUGUGGCGCCGGCUUCUGCGGAAGCGGUGGGUGCUCGCCCUGGUCUUCGGGCUCUCGCUCGUCUACUUCCUCAGCAGCACCUUCAAGCAGGAGGAGAGGGCAGUGAGAGAUCGGAACCUCCUCCAGGUUCAAGACCAUGACCAGCCCAUCCCCUGGAAGGUGCAGUUUAACUUGGGCAACAGCAGCCGACCAAGCAACCAGUGCCGGAACUCCGUUCAAGGGAAGCACCUCAUCACGGACGAGCUGGGCUACGUCUGUGAGAGGAAGGACCUGCUGGCGAAUGGCUGCUGUGACGUCGGAGUCCCCAGCACAAAGCAGUACUGCUGUGACGGGUGCCUGGCCAAAGGCUGCUGUGGUGCCUAUGAGCACUGUGUCUCCUGCUGCCUACAGCCCAGCAAGCAACUUCUCCUGGAGCGCUUCCUUAACCGGGCAGCUGUGGCCUUCCAGAACCUCUUCAUGGCCGUUGAAGACCACUUUGAAUUGUGCUUGGCUAAGUGCAGGACCUCCUCCCAGAGUGUGCAGCAUGAGAAUUCGUACCGGGACCCUGUAGCGAAGUACUGCUAUGGAGAGAGCCCGCCUGAGCUCUUCCCCGCAUGAUGGGAUAUGGAGAAUUGGCAACCUGAGCCAGCCUGGUCCGGAGAGAAGAUGAGGUGGAAAGCCACACAAGGGCCCCGUGGCCUUGGCCAUGUCCUGUGGUGGUUGGCGUUGCCUGAUUGCCUCAUAGCGUGCUGAAGCAGCUGGAUGGUCUUUUCUGUGGAGCAGCCCUCCCCCGAGCCUCUUGUCAGCGCACGCUGGGGAAUGUGAGAACCAGUGCAGGCCAGACAUGGCCCUGGUACCUCGCGGGGUCCCAGGACUGCUGGUCAGUGGCCCAGUGUUCACUUCCAUUUUGAUCCAGCCCUGGACGAAUGCUCCCUGGACUUCUGGGGGCACUGAGGAAAUGCAGUGUUUUGUAGGACAUGCCUGGCUUUUCCAGCUGAAUCUGUUACUCUGUCUCCUUGAGUUUCAGAAGUUACAUCGUUCCUUCACCCAGAUGGAAAGGUUUGUCUCAAAGAAUGCGAGCAUUCUUCCUGGGUCAUUGUUGUUGGUUCUGUUCUGAAGAACAUUUGAAGAGUGGUCCUUGAUCACAGCCUCAUGUCAGCCCUGAUACUCAGAGGUACCUAAAGCCUCAGAGAGGCCACUCCUCACUAAGCUGGUGAGACUGCCUGCAGCUGGCCCUGUGGGCCUUCCUGAUGCUGGGUGUGCUCAUGUCCCUGAGGUGACAGCUGUGCCUCCGCCAGAAACCCCUGCUGGCUGUCCUGGAGGAGUCCAUUCCCUUUUCCUCGCCAUUGUUGAAACCCCUCAGCGAUGGAACAGUCCCCCGCCCUCCCCCCAUCCGUCACGGGAGCCAACAUUGACCACUAGACCGUGCACAUUGUACAGUGCACAUCCAUGUUUUCUUGCUUGGCGUGACAGGUGUAAAUGUUUGUUUCCUUGUAAUUCAUGAAGAAGAAAAGAAAACCCACCUUCCCGUGCCAGGCCUGUAUGAGUUUGGUGUCCCUGCUUAGUUGGAGACGACCCUGCCGGGCAUGGCCUGGCGCACUGCAGCACCCCGGACCCAUGAGCUCGCAGUGCUGGGCAGUUCUCCCGCCGGCUCUGCUUCAGAAUCCAAGGUUAAGACGCGGUGUCUUUGACUCUCCCACCCUUGACUUGAGGGGCGCAUCCACACACGCAGCCCUGCCAGCCCUCUCACUGGCCCUGGGUUGAGCCUGGUUGUGUUUGGCUCUUCAGUUCUGGUUGAUUUGGGGCUGGGGGUUUCGCUCAGUGCACUGAGGACUGGUUAAGGUCCUGGGUUUGGUCCUUGGCACAGGGAAAACAAAACAUCUGUGGAGCUGACCUGAGGGGGGUGAGGGUUAAUUUUUUUAUUUAUUAGAAAGAGGAAGAGUGAGAGAAGAGAAUGGGCAUGCCAGGGCCUCCAGCCACUACAGAUGAACUCCAGACACAUGUACCGCCUUGCGCAUCUGGCUUAUGAGGGUUCUGGGAAGUCCUUCGUCUCCUCAGGCAAGCGCCUGAGCUGCGCAGUUUCUUUCAGCGGAGCCUUUUCGUGGAGCCAGCUUGGCCUCCAGAGUGAGAGUUCCCUUUGCUUCCUCCUGCUGCCACUUUCACCUCCCCCCGUUCCCCACAUCCGCCUGCUUCAAGGGCCACUGACAGGCAGUGUCUGUUCUGUUGCCUUGUGCUCAGGGUCAAACCCAGGGCCUUGCGCUCUGUAGUGAGCCAUACCCCUUCUAGUGAGAUGUUUCUGUAGUGUUAGCUACCAGAAAAUCUGCCCUGUUUAUGUGGGACUUGCAGGUGUGUAUUCAGUGUGCUGACACAGGCUGGUGACACCUGGACGCUCUGGCACUGUCAUCCUUUAGUGUAACUAGACGUGUGCCUGAGACAGUCCAGGAUGGCCUCAAACUGAGUACGUAAUGGAGACUGCCCUGCCCCCCCUGCCCAGGUGCUGCGUUACCGGUAGGUGUGUGUCAUCCUGGCUGCCUGGGUCUGAGAGGUGUCCUCCUGGGUUGGCGGUUGGAGUCGGUGCGGUUCUCUCUGCUGAGCUCCUCUUCAUCUGAGCAGAGACUGGGACCCAGAUUUCCCAUGAACAGUUAUGUCACGGGUCAGCCGUGCCUGCAGACAGAUCCACUGUGACUUGGCACUCGAAUGGCACAUUUUGCACAUUCUGUGAGUUCACUGCACCCUUGCCAUUCGAGAAGCCAGCUUGCUUGUGUUUCAUGCACAGAUGAGAAAGCAAAAGGUGGUGUUGACUCAAGUCCCCACCGAGGUCCAAUGACAGAACCAAACAAAAGCUUCUUCCCGCCUCUCCUGCCAGCUCGGCACUGAAUCGCCCUAGGCUGGCGCCCUGGGGACCAGAUGGAUUUCACUUUUCCAGGCCAGAAGAGGGAAGAGGUGGUGGACACACCCAAGUUAGGCGGGUCAUGCAGAGGUCAUUUUUAUUUGGACCUGGAGUUUGUUUUUAUUGUGCUUUAAUCAAGUAGGGGUGUGUGCACUGUUGGAAAUUCAUAGCACUUCUGACCACAUGAUGGCAUGGGCCGCCGAAGUGCCUGCAUGUGGCCUUGCUCCCACUCAGGAUCCCUCACCCCCACUCUGUUUGUCUUGGCUUCCCUUGAUAGAGUCUCUAGAGUCAGGGACCUUUAGUUUUGUGUGCUGAGCAAAGACGUGGCACGUGUUGGCAGUUUAAGAAAAGAUUCCAAAGGAGAAAACACCUUUGGAACUUAAGGAAGAUGAAUAUGAAGUGUUCCGGGCUCAAGAUAAUUGUGUAACUCGGGCGUUCCCCUCAGUUCUAAACGCUGUCUCCGUCAGCUAUGGAGAUGCCCUGCAAAAGAAGCCCACGGGGAAUGAAGAGGGUUUCGAACCAGGCUUGUAAAAGAGUCUGAGGCCGGAGAGAUGGCUCAGAGGUUAAGUGUGCUUCUUGAACAAGCAUGAGGAGCUGAGUGGACCUGACACCGGCCAAGUUCCAACUUCCAGAUCCCAUGUAAGCAGCUGAGCAUGGUGACAUGUGCCUGUCACUCCAGCCCCACCAAGGGGAACAGAGAUCUAGGAAUUCUCCAGGCUCCUGAGAAAAAGCAGCAUGCUCCUGGUGUCUGUAAAACUGGUUCAAACAUGAAUGGGUGGAAGGUGAUGGAGCAGACACCUGGGUUCUUCAGGCAAGGGCUCCCUGCCGCAGGUAGGCACGCUUGCGUAUAUGCUCCACCACGCACACAAGCAAAAGCAACGAGGGUAUGACCUACCUUCCUCAGUCAUGGCCGUAGCCCCAUCAUGGGGAGCCAGGACAGAAAGGUGAGCUCUGGGCAUCUUGGAAAGGCCGAGGAGGCCUGCAGACCAACCACCGUAGCUCUAGCCUACUCCCAAAGGCUGCCACGGACCUCCUGGGAUUGGAGAGCACCUCAGUUGGGGAGCAGUUCCGCACCCAACUCUUCCCAUCCUCAGGAUUUGCAGGUUAAGUCGCUAGUGCCUCCAGCUAUUGUGGAGCUGGCAACCUCCUCACACUUCUUAGGAGUGUGGCAGGCAGAGUGCUUCCCUCCAGAGCCUCAGGCUUUCAUCUCUAAAGUGGGAUCACAGGCCUGUGUCACCUGGAUUUGCAAAGAAGUGUUUCUGAGAGCUCAGGCCACUGCUUGACAGGAAGCCCACGUCUGCAGAUUGUAAGAGCCGCACCAGGUGGGGCAGGCUUCUGGGGCAGGAAGAGGCUAAUACAGGACUCCCAGCCACUUUCUUUCUAGCAGUAAGAACUUGGGCUCUGUGGCAUGCAAGCAGAAAAGCAGCCACGCAGAGCCAGAGGGUUUACAAAGGAGGGCAGGGAGUUGGGGAGGCAGGGAAAUCACCAAAACCAAAUUUUGGAAAAUUCCAUAAUGAAACCUAAUACUCGUAUACUAAUUGAAAAUAAAUAGGAAAAGGACUUGUACUAAAAAUUAAAAAUUCAGAAAUAUAUAAUGAUGAAAAUAAUAACCUAAAGUCACAUAACCAAGAGAGAAACAGCAGCUCUUUUUCUCCAUGAUUUUCAAAGCAAAAACGGGGAUGUUUUCCCUCUUAAAAACAAUCCUUGUAAGUUUCCUGCUUACAGGCCUGUGUGACACUUUGAAGGACCUUGGUGUCAGCUUCGGGGAUAUGCAGCCCUGUCACUAACCACGUUAAGGGACAUGUAACGUGUUUUCAGAGGUGGGUUUGUCUUUACAAAUAAUCCGUUGAGGAUCUGUCUGUACAUGGCUGCCGGUACUUUCAACAUUUCUCACCUAAUGUGCAUGGGAACUGUCUGUCACCACUCUCCUAAUAGACGUAAUAAUUGUCAAGGUUUUUUUUUUUUUUUUUUGCUAAAGGGUUUCCAUGUUCCAAUUUGUAUUAAUUUUAUUAUCUUUAACAUCAUAAUCCUCAUGUGUGUUAGAAUUCAUACUGAACAAUGAGCUCUGAGUUGUAAACAAGGGUUUAUGUUUUGUACCUGUCUGUAUGUCUUCGUAAGUUUAGUAAUACACUAUUAAUGUGUAUUUAUUUAGUUCCUAAUGAGAUGAACUCCAUUUUACAUUUUGUUCAUUUAUUGUUUGUAUAUGGUGAGUGACCUCUUCAUGAUUUGAUAAGUUUUCCCCCAAUUA